UAUUUAUUCAGUUUAUCUAUGAACUAAGGUUACUCUGCAUGAGUACUUAAUUCCUUUACAUGUGGGCUAUCAACUCAACUCGUGGUCAGAAAUGAGUAAUUGACAGAAAUAUGUAACCACUGAUAAUAUUAUCAUUAGGAGGGUAGUAUGGAAUUCAUCAUAUGUAAUCUGAAUUGUACGACCAUACAAAAUCUAGGAUUUAUGAUAAGCACACAUCAUUCACUUGGCCUAACAUCUAUAAACAAGAUGUCCACCCCAGCCAACAACAAUGAAAGUGAUUCAAAUUUUAAUAGCAAAAUCAGGACGAGGCACAUCAUUUCUGACGACAUUUCCAAAGUUGUCUCCCAUCUGUCAAGUUAUUUCUGUCGGGAUGAAUUCACCCUCGGUCUGUGGCCUUCGGACGACGUGUUGGUUGACUUGGAGUGGAUUCUGGAGAAAAUAAUUUCUCACGGAUUAUGCGCUCUUGCAGAGGAUAUCGAGACACUUGAGAUUGUUGGCGUCCUGUGCUGUUACAUUCAAACCAUGGACGAGGAAAUUCUUCCAUUCUCCAAGCUCAAGAGAUACGCAAUGAAGAUCAACUUUGGUCUGAAUACGGUCGCCGUGAAGAAUUCGAAUUUCUGGGAAGUAAUUAACGAGUCCCAAUAUUUGCACGUUUUUGCCUUUUCCGUUCACCCAGAUUGGCGGAACGCCGGAGUCGGGACGCGACUCGCAAAGGAUGCCUUUUUCUCCGAUGAAAUCCAGACAGGGCCGCAUAUCCUGGCCUCCAUGUUCACAAGUCCGCACGAAAAUCGGGAAAGGGCUCGGAUUCAAGGAAAUGCCAGAAUCAGUUGUGAAAUACGAUACGCUGUCAUGGGACGGAAAAUUAGUGUUUGACAGUGAAGAUCUGAAGAGGCAAGUGGAAGGGGAAAGUUGUGAAAUUUUGUGGAUGGAUUUGAACACAAUUUUAAAAUGAAGACUUAAUUGUAUAGAAUCUGUACCAAAAAAAGUCUUACACUUAGUAAAUACGUAUUUAAAAUUUUGUCAUAAAUUAAAUAAGGAAAAUAAAUGGUUAAACUAAUAAUA